AUAAUUUAAAAACCAUUGUUGAAAGAUAAAUUUUCCAAGUUUUCCUUUCCAUAAACAAAAUCAAGAAAAAAUGGGCGGUGGAGAUAUUUCGAUUGAAAAUGAUUGGGAGUCGGCAUCUUUGACAUCAGGUGCUGAUGCUGCUGCUAAAACGAUUGUAUUGGUGGGAAGAACUGGAAAUGGCAAAAGCGCUACUGGGAACAGUAUUCUGCGAAGAAAAUCAUUCGAAUCAAGUAUUGGCUGUUCCGGAGUUACAAAUACUUCGGAGUUGCAAACCACUGUCCUUGACGAUGGACAAGUUGUUAACGUCAUAGACACUCCCGGGAUCUUUGAUUCCUCGGAAGGAACUGAGCAGUUGAAAAAGGAGAUAUUGAAAUGUAUUGGUCUAGCCAAAAAUGGAAUCCAUGCAUUUCUUUUGGUUUUUUCUAUUAGGACUCGGUUUUCGCAAGAGGAACAAGCAGCUAUACAGUAUAUGAGGGAUUUCUUUGGUGAAAAAAUUCACGAGUACAUGAUUGUUGUUUUUACCGGAGGAGAUGAACUCCUUGAUGAUGAGGUUACGCUAACCGAAUACUUGGGUAGCAAGUGCCCUCAAUUACUACAGGAUGUGAUCAAGCAUUGCCGAAACAGGGUUAUUCUUUUCGACAACAAGACUAGAGUUGAAAAGCAACGUGCAGAGCAGGUUGAAAGUUUAAUGUCACUCGUGAACAUGCUCAUUGCACGUAAUAAUGGUUUACCUUACACAAAUGAGCUCUUUGAAGAAAUGAAGGUUGAGAUGAAGUUCAAGGAGACGACUUUAAGGCUUGAAAAGGAGUUAGAAACGGAACGAGCUGCCAGAGCGAAGGCAGAAAAGAAAGCUGCUGAUGCAAAAAAGAAAGCGGCUAAUGAAAGCCGAAAGAUGCAAGCACAGCUGGAGGUAAAACAAAGGGAGGCUGAGCACGCUCGUGCUCAGGCUGCAAAUGUUCCGAAGUGCUCAAUAUUAUAG